UGCGGUCUGGUGUGCGCUGCAGUCUCUGUGUGCAUGUGCAUAUGUGUGUGUGUGUGUGUGUGUUCAUCUGUAUGAUGUAGAGGGUAGAGGAAGGGGUGUCUGCGCUUCCCUUUCCAAGAGAGAGAGAGAGAGAAAGAGAGGGAGAGGGAGAGAGAGAAAAGUUUGGUAUUUUUCUUCCCUUGACUUUUUUUUAGGCAUGAACGCCGAGACCUGCGUUUCAUACAGCGAUAUGACAUCCAUGGAUUCAUAUUAUAGCCCCUCUGCAGCGCAAGGUAGGGAUCACCAGACGGACCACUUUAGGACAUUCCCAGCCACUGACACCAAAUACAGCCCCACCGCCUUCCUGCCCAACAAAGGUCAGGCGUACGGAGAAAAGUCCCGGAGCCCCUUCCAGCCUGAGUGCCAGUCAUUGGAUGCCGCCACCGCAGCAGCAGCAGCAGCGGCAGCAGCAGCUGGGCAAGGCACUUUCAGUAAAUACCACCUGUUUAUGCAGAGGUCUCCCUGCAAAACACCCCCCGAGGACGGCAAACUGCACCAGGAGAGAGGACACAACGGAGCGCUCAUCCCGUGCUAUGGUAAAGACAGCUCAGGUCUGACAGACUCUGAAUUGGCCCCGGACUCCGACCCACCUGGAAUGGACACCAGCUACCUGGCUGUGAAGGACCAAGGUGUCAAAGCGGCCUCUGACAGGCUGCCAGGCACAGACUUAGCGAGUCCUAUGGACAAGGCCGAUGGCGGCGAGAGCAACAAAGGCAAGAAGAGACGUAACCGCACGACCUUCACGAGCUACCAGCUGGAGGAGCUGGAAAAGGUUUUCCAGAAGACGCACUACCCUGACGUUUACGCUCGGGAGCAGCUCGCACUGAGGACUGACCUGACUGAGGCUCGUGUGCAGGUGUGGUUCCAGAACCGAAGGGCGAAAUGGAGGAAGAGGGAGCGUUUUGGUCAGAUGCAGCAGGUCCGAACACACUUCUCAACAGCUUAUGAGCUGCCUCUUCUGACACGUCCUGAGAACUAUGCACAGAUUCAGAACCCCUCUUGGAUCGGCGGCAGCAGCGCAGCGUCUCCUGUGCCGGGCUGUGUUGUUCCCUGCGACACUGUGACUCCCUGUAUGACCCCUCACCCCCACUCUGCCAGCGGGGUCUCUGAUUUUCUGGGUGUACCGAGCCCCGGAGGUCACGUGGGACAGGCCCACAUGGGCAGCCUGUUCGGAGGAUCUCCUGGCAUGGCUGCAGGCAUCAACACGUACGAUCUCAACAUGGACCCGGACCGCAAGUCUUCCAGUAUCGCCGCUUUACGCAUGAAGGCCAAAGAGCACAGUGCAGCCAUAUCUUGGGCGACAUGAUGUGCUGAUAUGUGCCGGAUGGGGGACCUCGUUGACCCCUGUAAUGUCUAAACAAACCCCUGCAUGGUGUGAGGGGGCACUAAAAUUAGAAAUUCUAAAGGCAACAAUGACUACCUUUAUAAAUGUUGCAAUAAAAAUAAUUAUGCAAAUACACGGAUGGUUGAAGAUUACUCCAAGAGAAAACAACAAGAGAUUUGGUAAGAUAAGUGGCAUGGCACUGCCACGUUUCUCAACCCCUCUGGUGGGAGAAAAGCAACCACAGUCGGCGAGUGAACUCUGUGGAAAGCACGGCGGGAGGUGAUGCUGUACUGUAUAACAGGAAUUGCAGUGUGUUACUGACGAUAGGCAAAAGAAAAUGUUGGUAAAAGUUUAAGAAUUUCAAACUAAAUCCAUGCACUUAUUUGCUAAAAGACAGGAAAUUCUGUUUGUACAGUGCUUUCAUUAUAGUUAUUUGUUCAGGUGCUGUUUUAUUUGUACCAUGUUAUUUAAAUUUUGAGUGUUAUUGCAUUUUUCCCCUCCAGUGAUUUUGUUGCUGGUUUUGAUUUGACAAAUAGUUCAGCAAGCAUCCUUAAAAAACUGAAAUUGAUCUCAAAUUUAGUUGUUAUUUGCCAUGUACAUAUUAUUCUAAGGCAAUCUUUAUUAGCAUUAGCGCAUGCUUCACUUACUGUAAGUCAUGCUGAUGCUAAGAUAAAGCUACAGAAAACUGUUUAUAUCCAGCUUAUCGGACACAUUAUGAGGCUUCUGACAUCCAACACAAACAUUAAAAUAACCACCUCUGGGGUGUGUGUUUCAGUAACUACAGAACUUAGAAGUGCUUCUACCCUUUAGCAUUUAAAACCCAAACAGAUGAAAUGUGGUUUGUUUUAGUGCGGUCAGAGUGAGAGAUCCACCUGCUGCACUGACUCAGCCCGCUGAUGGCCAGAGAGAGAGAGGGAGGAAGGGAUGGAGGAGGAAGUAUAUGUGGGAGUAUGAGAGGGGCACAGCAGGCCUGCUGCUCUCAGGGCUGAAGAGCCUGGGAGCGCCAGCCUCCAAACAGAGCCAGCUCUGUUUUCAGGAGGACAGACUCCGAGUGGACAUGACUGUGCCCUUUUGCAUUUCCAGUCUCAGGAGUUUCAGAGAGAGAAGUGCCUACUAGUCAGUCAAACUGCCAGAAAUAACAGCGAAACUAGAAGCCGCCACCUUUGAAACAGAGGCGGCUGGUGGAGAUUACACAGAGUGUGUUGACACUACUGAACGCUGAAAGGAUGUCAGUGUUCAACAGCCCUUUCUGGACUCAAACUCGGACUGUGUUUGGCUGCCAAAGCUGACCAGUACAUGCACAUGGCAGCACUGGCAUACAUGUUGUAUCUCUUUCUCUUUUUCUCUCAUUAUUUCUGUCAAAACCAAACAAAGGAAGCCACGGACCAGAGUAAUGCAGAGAGGUUAAGAUAUGUCACCACAGACAAUUCAAUAUCGCCUUUAUCCUCCAUUUUGAGACAAUUUUACCACAAACAACAUGCAUCUCUUCAUCCCAGAAACACCUAACAUGUCUAAAUGAUGCUGAUGAGCGAUAUCCAGUCUUUUUGAGUGACCGUGUACCCCAAACUCCCAGCUUCACUGCGUGUCAUCUGUUUUUUGGUAAUCUGAUUACUUCUGAAUUUGUGAUUUUGCACAGAUUAAGUGCGAUAUCAGCCGUGUCCUGCAUUAUUACUUAAUCCUGUAUUUUAAUUUAUGUCAUGCCCAGGUAGUGUGUGAUCCCACAUAGAGUAAAGUGGUGUUUAAUCAAAUAACUGCAACAAACUAAGUGACAUAGAGAAGACCUGGGAUCAAGUACUGGUUGGUCUCUGAGUCUCUGGUUUCUGCCAUCUGUGCUAUUAACCUCAAACAGCUUCAUCCAGUCACAGUUACAGAUAGAAAACUGUCUUGUUUCAGAGUGGGACUGUGGAUUAAGUGUUAGAUUUGAGCCCAUGUCAGGGUAAAGCAGUGCAAGGAAUCAUGUUACAGCCUUUACUCCCUGUUUAUUUCCAUCUAUGCUUGGAACAAUAUGUCUAGUGUUUGUGUGUCUCUGUGGAAAGAGAGGAGAAGAGGUCCAAUUGAGCUGGAACAGCCUCAUCUCUCGGAGCUGAAAUCAUAUCCUUACAUCCAUAUCUUCGUGUCAUUUAAAUAUUCAAAUAGUAAACCACGUUUUUUCCCUGGUAACUGCCUCCUCCUGUGACAGAAAUAGAAGAUGAGGUUUACAGACGAGGUUAUGCAUGUUCUUCUUUUGUUUGCAAGGCCUGAUUUAGACCUUAAGCAUAACAAAGGGUUUCAUGGUUCUGAAAAGCAAAACCUGAUACCCUGUAGUACACCUUCAGGCAGAGCAACCAUUGCUAAUUCCCUAAACUGAACCACAUUCACUGUCCUUCUGGGCAGGUAAAAGAAGCGGGGCGCAGGCUAUAACCUGUCAGCAGAGCAGAUCACCCCGAAGUCAUCCAAAUUACAUCCAGUUUUACUCUCCGCUCCAAAUCCAAGGCAUAUGCAUAAUCCUGACUAAAGAGCACACAGCCCCAAAACUGAGAGGGUCUCCUUUGCGAAUGUGGACGUGGGGCCCCCUUUGCUCUAGUAGAGGGGUUGGACGGAGGGCGAGCCGUGAGGGCGUCUGCUGUGUUCCGGUGUUCUGGGAAAAGGACAGUGCACACAGCUGCGCUCAGGGGGUAAAUGCAAAACAAACAUGCCUCACACAUGCUUCCCCCUCAGCUGUCAUGGCUCUGCUUUCAAAGAUUCCCCCCACCUCAGCACACACAUACACGUCGCACUGUCUUCUCUCUCCUGUUGUUCACUUUCACCACGUCCACCGGCCGAAAGCUGCAACCCCUUGCCCCCCCCCCCAUCGCAGGGUCCGAGGCACAGCCGCACGGCCAACCCAGGAAGGCUUUUUAAUUAACGCUGAGCCAUGUGGAGGCUGUGCGCUGCAGUAUUGUGUGUCAGGACAGACAGGGCCGUCUGUCUUCUGGUUGGUUUGAUGUAGAACUGCUCCUCUGCACAGCGUGCAGACAUACUGGCUUUCACUAGCUCAGGUUUACACACUACUCACUACGUUUCUUUAUUCCUGGAUUCAAACAUCAGCAAGUCUUCCUCCACCAGGAGCCACAGACACUCUCUAAUCACCCUGUUGAAAACCGUUAAAGCAAAAUCUGCCUCUUCCUCCUCUAAGCUGCACAACUCUCAACAUCUCUGAGUAACGACAUCAUCAGCCAUUUUUCUCAUUUUCUAAUACUACUGAAGUCAGGCAAUCAGUAUAGGAGAAAAUAUAUGAUAAAUACGUGUGCUGUUGUGUGCAUGUGCAUUUUUGUGCAUGCAAAAUGAAUUGAAGUGUUAUAAGAUUCUUGGAAGUGUUACUAUUUAGAUGUUAUGUUUUAUUUUGUGAGACAGUUUAUCGAGCAUUCAUGGUAAAAUUGUAUUUCAAAAGUUGUGUUUGAACAUUGUUUUUUUUUUCUUGAUAUGUAAUUCUUACGAGUUUCAAAAGGCUUUUUUUUUCCAGUUUUUAUGGCUUCAAGCUGUCGUUUGAAAUGAGUGUAUGAAUUUACUCAUGCUUGUGUUACAUUUUGUGUGUGAUUAAAGUACAAUAAGUUAUUGCACUUCUA